CCAUAAUCUCUUUGCUUUCCCUUACUGAGUGUUUUUCAAACAAAACUCAUUAAACAAAGUACUCCUUUAUUCUCGGGUAGAUGGAACUAAGAGAGAGAACAAACAGCAGUAAUGCACUUGCUGUAGAGAACAGAAAAAAAAAACAUUCCAAGAAAUUUUGUUAAUACAUGCCAAUGCAGUUUUAUAUGAGAAGGGAUAGUUCCAUUCAAGAGAAACUGCAUUUUCGAGGACAUCUACACUGAAGAAAACAUCUCAGACCUCACAUCCAGCAAGGGCUACAGCUUGGCACUCAUUUUCUCGAGAGAAAGGACAGACAAAAGGUGACAGCAGAUAAUCAUCAUGGCAUCAGCAAGUCUGCAGUUCUUUGCUUUUAUUCUGGCUUUGUUUGGUGUUUUUGGAGAUAUCGCGGCCACCCUGCUACCAAACUGGAAGGUAAAUGCAGAUGUUGGCUCAAAUAUCAUAACAGCUAUAACACAGAUGCAAGGACUUUGGAUGGACUGCACAUGGUACAGCACUGGGAUGUUUAGCUGUACCCUGAAAUACUCCAUUCUCUCUCUCCCCGUCUACAUCCAGGCUGCACGGACCACCAUGGUACUGUCUUGUAUCCUAUCAGCAUUUGGGAUCUGCAUCACUACAGUUGGAAUGAAAUGCACAAAGUUGGGAGGGGACAGUGACAGCAAAAGUCACGCUUGUUUUGCUGGAGGAAUCUGCUUCAUUCUUGCAGGAAUCUCUGGAUUAGUACCAACAUCCUGGUACACAAGAGAAAUUAUUUCAAAUUUUCUGGACCAGACCAUUCCAGAGAGCAGUAAACACGAGCCAGGAGGAGCAGUUUAUACAGGAUUCAUUUCAGCAGGCUUUCUGCUUAUCGCAGGUGUGAUUUUCUGCACUUCGUGUUUUAACAAGCAGCAAGGAGGAUGGAUUUACCCUCCAAAGCAGCACCAUUUCCCAUCCACAGAGCAGGAGAGCAAUGAAGGUUACAAUCUGAAGGACUAUGUGUAAAUAGUUACUUCUAUCCAUUCAAGGGGUUUUUUAUGUGCUAAGAGUAGUUUGAUUAUUUCAAAGAAUGUAUAACCAAGCACUUAACUUUUCCUAUAUCUGGGUUGCAGUUAUGUUUAUGCAAGGUACUUAAUUCAUAGGGGCAUCCACAAAAAGGAAAGAAGUAGAAAAUGAUACUUGUCUGCUACAAAAGUACUUUAUUUUGCUGAUUUUCCAAACCAUGCUGACUUUCCACGUAGCAUUUACUGAAGAAAAAGGAACUAUUUUUAAACAUAACUGACUGUACAAUUAAGGUACCGAUGUCUUGUUAUAGGAAAGAUGAUUAAAGACUGCUUUCUAUUUAGCGAAUCAGGCUUUCAAUAAUGUAACAUUUUACAGUGUAUUUUACAUUUUUAUCUCUAUCUUAAGUUAUGAUGCAAGGAAAAGAAGCUCAAACAUUAUUUGUCCAAGAAGCCCAAUUCAAUGGUUUUUAAAAAGCAGACACAUCUGCCUUUCAUUUUCAACUGUAAAUUGCCUCGGUAACUAGAUUUCAUAACAAACAAACAAACAAACACCACCACAAAAAACCCCAACAAAUAAAAAAAAACCACAACAAAAGCCCAUGGCUCCAAACCUUAGCUGCACUGUAUACUGUAUACUGAUAUAUGCAUAUCAGACUGAAGAAUCAGCAGCACCAUUUAGAUCUUGCCAAACACAGCUCUCGCACCCCAAACUGCCACCUGCUGUGGGUUUCAUUGAUUAUUGUUAAGAAAUGUCUGCUGGACAUUCACCAAUUGCUACUAAUCUAUCACUGCACAAUGAAUGUUAGAGGAUGAGCAAUACAACAACAGAAAUGUAACCAUAACUCUGAAAACACCUGCAAAUUGUAACAAACAGCAUAUAAACCCCUGUAGGGUCUCUUUCAGGCCCACUCCCAUGUAUUCUCUUACUGUAAAAUGUAGCAUACAACAAUCAUAAAGAGACAGCUCCUUUAUUUAUUUUCUUAACUCCCUUAUUUUGAAUAAUUAUCUUAAAUCCCUUAACCUUUUCUUUCACCACACAGAUUUUGUUUUGUAUUGGUCACUGGCAAGGUAUGUUGUAUCUAAAUACUUCCCUAAACAACAACCAUAUUGAUGAAUGAAAAGGGGUAUGAUUCAGGCCUUUAAAUUUAGGAAUAUGGUAACACUGGAUGAGUCUUUCAAUAAAACCAACUGCUAUUUAUUCUGCGUAUUUAUACACAACUUUCA